AUGGAGCCUCGAGCUCGCGCAGGCAAGAACGUGGGCAAGGAGACGUUCAAGCCAUUUGACAUUGGUCAACUACUAUUCGCCUAUGGCGACGUCGCCGAGCCGCUCCCCGAAACCAUCCGCGUGCUUGACGAGAUCGUGACCGAGUUUAUCGACGGCAUCUGCUUUGAGGCCAGCCGCCACGCGCAGGUGGCUGGGCGACAGAAGCUCAAGUUCGACGAUUUCGAGUUCUCCCUGCGCCGCAACCCACAGUACCUCGGUAAGGUCAGAAGCAUGAUUGAGAAGCGUCAGCACAUCAAGGAGGCGCGCAAGACCUUCAACCAGGACGAUGACGCGCUGGCCAAGGAGUUUGGGAAGCGGUCCGCUCCUGCGGCAGCCGACGAGGACCUGCUGGGCUUGGACGAUGACGACGACCUGCGGGAUCUGGAUAGGGCGGCUUCGUCCAAGGGUCCUGGCUCGAAGAAGAGGAAGUUGAACCCGAAAUAG